AUGACGGAGAAAGAAAAGCCAAAGAAGGGGCCGAAGAAGGCUCCCGGUGCUGCUGCAGGUGCUGCAGGAGCAGCAGCAGCAGCAGCAGCAGAGGGAGCAGCAGCAGGAGCAGCAAGUGCAGCAGCAGAUGCACCAGCAGCAGCAGCAAAGCCUGGCAAACGGCUAGAUAAGCGUUUUCUUGCUGCUUCUGACCCUCGCUUUGGUAUUAACAGAGCAGCAAGGAAGCAGCAAGAGGAGCAGAAGCAGCUGCUGCAGCAACAGCAGCAGCAGCAGCAGCAGCAGCAGGAGGGCUCAUCGGUGUCUGUAUCCCGUACAAAGCAAGAGGCUAAACUAGAUGCAGCAAGAGCAGCAGAGGCUCGCGCAUCAGCAUUAGCAGCAGCAGCAGCAGCAGGAGCAUCAUCAGGAUCCGCAGCAGCAGCAGCAGCAGCAGCAGCAGCAGAAGCAGAAGAUCUUGAUGCUGCUGCUGCUGCUGUUGUUACAGAUCCACGAUUCUCUCGUAUAUUUAAUGAUCCUUCUUUCUUAGUAGGCAGAGGACUAAAUAGUUCCUCUGUAGAUAAGUAUGGUAGGACCAGCAGCAGCAGCAGCAGCAGCAGCAGCAGCAGCAGCAGCAGCAGCAGCAAGAAGACGAAGAAGAAGAAGCAACCAUUAGCAGCAACACCUAAGGAACAAUUAGCAGCAAAAGUAGCAAAAGAUGAUUUGCUGCAGUUAUAUGCACCGGUUAAUGAAGAUGCAGCAGCAGCAGCAGAACUUGCUGCUGCUGCUGCUGCUGCUGCUGCUCCUGCUGAGGAGGAGAGCAGCAGCAGCAGCGACAGCGACAGCGACAGCAGCGACAGCGACAGCAGCAGCAGCGAGGCGGAGGAGGAGAGUGGCGUGUGGCAAGACGCAGAAGAUAUACCUAAGGAUACAACGGUAUCUAACCGAUUGGCGCUGAUGGGUUUAGAUUGGGACUCAGUUGGUGCUGCUGAGUUGCUGCUGCUGCUGCAGCAAUUCCUUGGUGGAUUAAAGGGCAGCAGCAGCAGCAGCAGCAGCAGCAGCAGCAGCAGCAGCAGACAGCGUAUUAAAUCUGUGCAGAUUUAUAUUUCUGACUUUGGCAAAGAAAGAGUUGAAAUGGAAAAAGUUAAAGGACCAGCAAUCGAUUGGGAGGAGGCGGAGCGAAAGCGACGUAAGCAUAGACUAUCAGGAUCAGGUGCUGCAGCAGCAGCAGCAGCAGCAGCAGCAGCAGCAAGCGACGACAGCAGCAGCGACGAGCAGCCACGGGCGUCAGCAGAGGAAGAGAAAGCGCUGCAGGAAGUCUUAAGAAAAUAUCAAGUUGAACGCUCACGGUACUACUAUGCAAUAUGCGAGACGGAUUCAGCAGAGACAGCGCAAACCCUUUAUGACGAAUUAGAUGGCUGCGAGCUUGGUUUUGCACUAAGCGGUAUAGAUGUGCGAAUUGUUCCUGAUGAUAUAAUUUUACCAAAAGAUAAUUUAAUAGCUGAGGAGACACCGGAAAAAUUAACAGCAGCAGCAGCAGCAGCAGCAGCAGAAAGACUAGAAGCAGCAGCAGCAGCAGCAAACAGCAGCGCAUUAAAACAUUGCAAAGUUCAACUUACAUGGGAUGAAACACCAAAGGAAAGAUUUAAAUUCCUUAGAAAAAAGUUUACUGCAAAGGAGUUGGAGGAACAAGACUUAGAGGCGUUCUUAGCAUCAUCAGAUGAUUCAGAUUAUGACGAGGAAGAAGAAGAAGAGCAGCAGCAGCAGCAGCAGCAGCAGAAGGAGCAGCAGCAGCAGCAAGAAAAGGGAGGCAAGAAAUGGAAAAAGAUAACAGAAGAUAAUUUAGCGAGUUAUAGAAAAGAACUAUUAGGGGAUAUGGCGGACACAACAGACACAUCAGAAGAAGAAGGAAAUGCAAACAAGAGUAGUAACUUGAAGGUUACCUUUAAGAACUCCUUAGAGGCAUUAGCGAGCGACAGCGAAUCAUCAAUGGAGGAAGAAGAGCAGCAGCAGCAGAAGCAGCAGCAGCAGAAGCAGCAGCAGCAAAAGAAGAAGCAACAGCUGCAGCAGCAAAAGCAGCAGCAACAAAAAGAGAAGGCGGAUGAUUUCCCUUCUUCUCGUUCUCUAGGAAAGAAGAAAAAGAAAAAACAACAAAAUGCCUUCCCUAUAUUUAAUGAAGAAAAAGAAGAAAAAACAAAAAAUAAACAAAAACAAGAAUUGCAACAACAAAUCUUUAGUGAUGAUGACGAGGAUGCUAGACACUUUGAUUAUCGUGAGGAAAUGCAAAAAGAAAGAAAAAGAAAAAGAAAAGAAAAAAAUAAAAAAGGAAAAGAAGCAGAAGAAGAAGAAGAUGAUGAAUAUAUGCAGCAGCAGCAACAAAAACAACAACCAGGAUUUAAGUUUAAUUUUGACGAUGAUAGAUUUAGUAGGAUAUUGGAUGCUCCUUCCUUUGCAAUUGAUCCAACAGAUCCAUCCUUUAAGAAUUCAGAAAUUUCUCGUCAAUUGCUUCGCGUAAGAAGAGAAAGAAGUCAUAAACAUAAAUUUAAGGCUUCUGCUGCUGCUGCUGCUGCUGCACUGCAGCAGCAGCAGCAGCAGCAGCAGCAAAAAGCUGGUGCUGUUGCUAAUAAACAAGCAAAAACCGAGGGUCUUCGUGGUCUGCGUCUUAUUUAA